GUGGCGGCUGGAAUUCUCAGAACGUGAAAAGAGUAAUCAGACCCAAAAGAUGGAAUGGCUUGGAUUACGGAACCACGGCCCCACCGGUAAGGAUUUAAAACCCGCGUAUACUGUCGGGUCGUGUAUCAAUUUUUUAUUUUUAUUUUUUUUAAACAUCCUGUCAUCCCAGUUCCCACUUAAAAUGGGCCAUGCACCAUACAUAAAAGGAGAGUGUCGAGGAGCGAAAACAAAAGACCGUCUCUCCCUCUCCCUCUCCCUCUCCCUCUCCGCUUCUCCACCUUCUCCUUCUUCUUCUUCUUCUUCUUCUUUUUCGUUUUCAGCUAACGUCCAUCGCGAUGGUUGAAAACGCCGGAGUCUUCCCAUCCCCGCGGACCACUGAAUCCUUUCCCGCGGGACUCCGCGUUUUGGUGGUCGACGACGACCUCACGUGGCUCAAAAUCCUCGAAAAGAUGCUCAAGAAAUGCUCUUACGAAGUGACUACAUGCUGUUUAGCAAUAGAUGCACUGAACCUGCUUCGGGAAAGAAAGAAUAGGUUUGACAUCGUAAUUAGUGAUGUUAACAUGCCUGACAUGGAUGGCUUCAAGCUCCUCGAACAUGUUGGACUUGAGAUGGAUCUACCUGUAAUCAUGAUGUCUGUAGAUGGUGAGACAAGCAGGGUAAUGAAAGGGGUUCAACAUGGAGCGUGUGACUAUCUUCUUAAGCCUGUACGAAUGAAAGAACUUAGAAAUAUAUGGCAACAUGUUUUUAGAAAGAAAAUACACGUGGUUAAAGACAUAGAAAAUCAGGAUCUCGGUAGCAAUGAAGGUGCCCAGAUGAUGAAAAAUGGAUUGGAUGAAUUUGAUGACGAGCUCUUACUAAAUGGAAGUGAUCCAAAUUGUGCAAAGAAAAGAAAGGAUAUGGGAAAUGAAGAGUAUGGUGACCAAGAUUUUAAUAACCCUGGUUCUGUGAAGAAAGCUAGAGUAGCUUGGACUGUGGAUCUCCAUCAGAAAUUCGUUGAUGCUGUAAAUCAGAUCGGAUUUGACAAGGUGGGUCCUAAGAAAAUACUUGAUUUGAUGAAUGUUCCCUGGCUGACGAGAGAAAAUGUUGCCAGCCAUUUGCAGAAAUAUCGCCUCUACUUGAGUAGGUUACAAAAGCAAGGUGAAUCAAACAGUUCACUUUGUGGUAAGCAGUUAGACCUCAGUUCUAAGGACACUCCAGGAAAGUUUGGGGUUCAGUGCUCGACGAUAGCACAACAGCAUAAUUCAGCCAACAGCUUUGGGUAUUCUGGUAAUAAAAGCUUUGUUCAAGAUGCAGUCCCAGAAAUCAAUGAAGACCAUUUGAAGAGUAUGGUAUCUUUUGUGCCAGUUACAGAAGCCAAAAGAACUUUGACUUGUGAUGUUCCAGUAGCUCAGCAGGUGAAUGAUGGUCCACAAGUCGGCACUGUUCUGUCUUUUAGCAGCAUUGUCCGAGAUGCUGACUAUAAUACAUCAUCGUGUUCUGCUAUUUCACAGCAGCAGUCUUGGAAUGGAGAAGUUUCAGCAUCUGGGAAUGGAGAACUUUCAGUAAUGCAACUCAUGCGACAUCCGAAACGAGACCAUGAACAUUAUCUUCCCUUAGAAGAAGGCUACCCACGGCUACCGCUUCCUACCCAACAGCACCACAUUCAGAUUGAGUGCGUACGAAGCCCCCCAUCUGCUAAUGCACGAAGUUACAUUACUGACAGAGAUAAAACUGGUCCAUCUGAAGUCAAACCUCUGUGUAGUGAUUACAAAAGUAACCAUGUUAGAAAUGUAUCUCCAGUAGCAUGUGCAAUCGACUCAUUUUCUCUUCCACUUGAGCAUGACAUUGUGAAACCUCAAGGAUUUAAGCAAUUGCCCAUCAUGAGUGCAUUCUUAAGCACCCAACAUCAUGAUCUUGAUCGAAACUGCAUCAAUAGUCGGAAUUGUCCUCAGAACUUAACCUUAAAAAAUAGCCCUUUUGGGGCUUCUUCAUCUGAGAACUUGAGACGCUGUUCGUUUCAAGGCUUUGGUUGUUUGGAGGAUGUCGAGCUGAACAACUUGGCAUUUUUUGACUGUGCUGAUUCGACUGCAUCGGUCGCUGAACUUCAGAGCUACCUGUAUGAUGAAUUGGGCUCUAGUUGUGAUUAUCAGUGUGAAUCAAUGGAAUAUCCAAUAAUAGGUGAAGGUCUAUUCAUUGCAUAACCCCUCUCAAAUGAAGUGGGCUCCUUGCUCGAGACCGUACUGAAGAAAGAUCUUGCUUUGUAUUUUCUUUCAUAAGGUGCCUCUAGUGCUGGGUUUUCAUUCCAAAAUCAGUUUCCCUUGUUUAUGGAUUGGGAAGUGUAUCUUUCUACCUGUUUUGGGCAUGGACAUCAAAACAUGUACCGUAGACAAACUAAUAAGGUAUAGCUUUUUCUUUCUUUUAUUUCUUCUUUUCUUUUCUUUAAGUAAAUAUGUAAGCAUAUUAAGCUUUCAGUUUCAACUCCAACUGCUCUAAGAUGAGAAUUAUGUAUUAAUUUAAGGGACAGGAUGGAGUGUAUGCCUGUUGAUAUGCAUA